AUGCCGCCUCGUAAAAACUUGGGAGACUUGGUGGCUCACUGGGAAGUGGCAUUGAGUGAUGGUGUUCAUAAGAUUGAGUUUGAACAUGGAACGACAUCGGGUAAAAGAGUGGUUUAUAUUGAUGGAAAAACCAUGAUCAACCAAUCUGCCAAUAGUCUACUGCAAUAUGAAUCAUCUUGUGGAACAAUGGAAGUUUACAGAAAAGAAUGGAUGUUCAAGCUUGUUGGAUUCCAAGAUUUUGUGGUUGGGAAACAAAAAAUUAAAGGCAGAAUUAGCAUUGAUGCUUGCAGUGGAUUUGCUUAUGAAUAUACUUUAACUAUUGAAGGAAAGAGCUUAAAGAAAUUUCUGGAAAACAAGAGCAAGACCAGUAAAGCAUGGGCACUGCAUAUUGGUGGUGUGGAAACAAGAAUAGUUUUUGAAAAAGACACAUUGGAUGUGUGGGUAAAUGGAGAGAAGAUGGAAACAGCAGGAGAAUUUACAGAUGAUGGCACUGAAACACAUUUUGAAGUUGACAAACAUGCAUGCUUUAUUCAGGCAGUGACAAGUGGAAAAAGAAGAGAAGGAAUAGUACAUUCAUUAUAUGUAGACAAUAGGAUAAUUCCUGAUUAA